AUGGAGUCGCCUUCUUUGCGACAAGAAGAUCUAAAAGCUUUGGAUCAGACGCGUCAACGUCUUGCCCAGCUUUCGCGUACCAUUGCAUCUCUAAAAGGAAACAUUCUACAAGAAAAUCCUCUACCACCAUGGGAGUCCAUUCAGACAUCCGCUGCGAUCCUAAGCAACAACAUGAAUAGCAUUGUUGAGCACUUGUCGAGGAACUCAGACAUAUUUAAUCGGAUGGUGGUCUACCCGACGACGAACUACCCCGGCUACACGCAAGAGCCGUUAUUGAAUCAACUGUUACAAAAGAAGUUGGACCUCUCGGUUCAGUCUUGGGUUGAUGAAGCACGCGCCAUACAAGAUGGAGUUACGGAGAACAAGGAAGAAGAUAUGGAGGAACUCUGGACAUGGGCUAAAGAUUGGAUUGGGCAGCGUGUGGCGACGUAUAUUCUGGAGGAGGCUGGCGAUAAUUACACGGUGGAGGAGAGGGAACAAGGCAUUGAGAAUGUCAAUAGGGGUCUGAGGAGGAAGCUCGAGGAGGAGGAGAGCGAGGACGAAGAUGAGGAUGAGGAGAUGGAGGGUGUUGGUGUCGAGGUUACAACGGUGGGCACGACGAGUAGCGGGGAGGUCAAAUACGGGAUGGAAGAGCUCAAGAAGAAUCCGGACGCGAAGGUUAGGAGUGUGGACGAGAUCUUAAGGUUUGCAACGACAUUCCAAGUCGAAUUCCCUGAAUUCUUGCUGCUCUACAUGAAUUCCCCCUUUCCAUCGUCCUUUUCCGCUCCUGGCGAGGGACAUCUAGUUGCGCGACUCCAACCACAGGCUGUCUCCGCUCUCUCAAAGAUCUCAUUCCAGUACCCGCUCAAGCUCAUCUCGCCCUCCCCUUCCGCUCAUCAGAAGAGUGUUCUCGUCUUCCUACUCACAUACGGAGGAGGACUCGUUGGCGGUGACCAAGUCCAUCUCGUAAUUGAUGUCAAGCCCGGUGCCAAGCUCAGCAUCGUCACUCAAGGGCACACGAAGAUCUUCAAGUCCGCUUCACGUAAUGUUAUCACACGACAAAAGCUGAGUGUGAGCGUGGAAGCUGGAGCUGCGGUUUGCCUGCUGCCGGAUCCGGUUCAGCCUUUUGAGGGGAGCGUGUACGAGCAGACUCAGAUCUUCACCCUUGCGAAAGAUGCCUCUCUUUGCCUCUUGGACUGGGUGUCUGCGGGGAGGACUGCGAGAGGUGAAGAUUGGGAUCUGGGCGUAUGGAGUGGCCGGAAUGAUGUGUGGGCAGCAGCGGAAUCUGGUCAGAAGCCGAGACUUCUCUUGAGGGACAAGGUCUUGCUCGAAGGGGAUCGUGCUGGUGCGGAGGAGAAGGCGCUCAAGAAAAAGAUGCAAGGACUGGGGAUAUUCGGCACUCUUAUAUUGAAGGGGCAGCUCGUCGACAGUUUGGCAGCCUUCUUCCUUGCAGAGUUUGCGGCACUGCCCCGAAUUGGGGCCCAAGACUUCAGAUCUCAAGAAAGACAGGCCAGGGAUAGCGGGGCUACUCUUACAGAGCGUGAACUAUGGAGACGGAGACGCCUCGAGCAGGAAAAGGCAGACGGUAUACUGUGGUCAGCUGCAAAAGUCCGUGGCUGCACCGUUGUAAAAUUUGGAGCCCGCACUGUUGAAGGCGGGCGCACAUGGAUUGGAAGCAUGAUCAAGGAGGAAACGUCUAUUGAACGACACUUUGGAGAGGAUUCCUUGAUGUGUAUCCGUUGA